AUGUCCAACGUCUUUGCAACAGAAGCCUUGAAUCGGCUCUCCCAGCUGGGGCCACCUCAGACAAUAGCCGAUAUGGCGGCUCUGGGCACAGUCGGAAUAGCCUCAGCAGCGUAUCUUCUGCGCGGUAUUGUCUGGGAUAAGCCAGAUCCUUAUCAUCAUAUCUGGUUCGAACGCAUGGGGUCAAAAGAUGGUGCUUCAUCGGGGCCGAAAGCAACUCGUGAUAUUGCAAAAAAGAUGGAAGAAGCUGGCAAAGAUGUUGUCAUAUUUUGGGGAUCGCAAUCGGGUACAGCCGAGAUGUUCGCCAACAGACUCUCCAAAGAAUGCCAUCUGCGUUUCGGUCUUCAGACCCUCUGCGCUGAUCUAUGCGACUACGACCCUGAGUCUAUCGCCAACCUUCCUCAAAGCAAGCUCGCCAUUUUCAUAAUCUCGACAUACGGAGAAGGCGAUCCCAGUGAUAACACAGCUGCUUUCUGGGAGUGGCUUCACAAGAAUCCCGAUGUUCAGUUACCAAACCUGCGAUACAUGGCCUUCGGUCUAGGGAAUACCAGCUAUCGGUACUACAACCGUGUUAUCGAUGUUGUUGCUGAGUUCCUUGACAAGGCUGGUGCACAGAGGCUGAUGCCUGUGGCCAGGGCCAAUGAUGCUCAGGGUGGCACAGAAGAGGACUUCCUCUCCUGGAAGGACGAUCUGUAUACUCACUUUCAGACCAAAUUGGGCUAUGAAGAGCGAGACAUCCCGUAUGAGCCAAGUAUUCAGCUCGUAGAGGAUGACUCUCUUGACAUCAUGGAUCUUAACCUCGGCGAGCCUAUUCAGAACCGAAGCGGACCUGCAAAGAUUGUCAAGCAGUACUCGCCUAUCCGACCUUUGACGGUCCAGUCUUCACACGAGCUUUAUACGUCUCCCGGGCGAAACUGCCUCCAUAUGGAGCUCGAUAUCUCAGAUCAUCCUGAGCUUCGAUACCGGACUGGUGACCAUCUUGCCGUCUAUCCUAUCAACCCUGAUCACGAGAUACAACUUCUCCUCAAGGCUCUUGAUCUUCAAGACCGAGCUGAGAAGCCUCUUCUUGUUCAACCCCUCGAAGAAGGCAUAGCAAUCAAGAUUCCCAGUCCCACAUCUGCACUGGCCCUCUUUCGGCAUUACCUCGAGAUCUCGGCUCCUGUAUCUCGGGAAACUGUUGGUCAACUUGCGAGAUUUGCACCUUCGGCAGAGAUUGCUCAGAACCUGACAGCUUUGGGUAAGAGUAAAGAGGCGUAUGCUGAAUAUACUGCUAAGAACCAUAUCACUCUGGGUCGCCUUCUGACUCUUGUUGCUCCUGGGUCUAUUUGGGACAAACUUCCUCUAGCUUACGUCGUUGAAACUCUACCAAACUUGCAGCCCCGAUACUACUCCAUCUCGUCAUCGAGCACUGUGUCUGCACGCAAGCUUUCGAUUACAUGCGGCGUCGAUAACUCGCCUCUCCAACAAGAUCCAAGCAGGUCCGUCCGAGGUAUCACAACGAAUUACCUCUACGCUCUAGGGAAGUCUCUUAACGGGAACAGCAAUCAACCAGAGGUUGGACCCGAGGCUCCUACAUACGCCUUGUCUGGUCCCGGUGAUGCUCUCAAAGGCCACAAAGUCUUUGCCUGUCUGCGUCGAUCUAACUUCAAACUUCCAACAAUGAGCUCAACACCUCUCGUCAUGAUUGGUGCUGGUACCGGUCUCGCUCCCUUCCGCGGGUUUAUUCUUGAACGAGCACGUCUCAAAUCUGUCGGAAAGCCCAUUGGAAAGAUGAUCCUAUUUUUCGGAUGCCGUGCCCCUGGCCAAGAUUAUCUCUAUCGGGAUGAACUCGCCGAGGUGGCAAAAGAACUACAAGGCAGUCUUGAGAUCGUUACUGCGUUCUCACGUGCAGAUGGACAACCAAAGAAGUAUGUUCAAGACAAAGUCGAAGAGAGGAAGAAAGAUGUGUGUGACCUUCUCCGAGAUGGUGCGAGUAUCUACUUCUGCGGUAGAGCUUCAAUGGCUAGAGAAGUUGGCAACGUGGUGGAAGAGUCGAUGAAGACUCAGAAUAGUUGGAGCGAUGCUGAAGCUAGGAGCUGGGCUGAAGCGGCAAAGAAGGGGAACAAGUGGCUUGAGGAUGUCUGGGGUUGA